CCCUUUGACUGGUUCUCCCUCCCUUCCGUCCCUGUAUUUACUGCCGUGCAUGCGUUUCCAUCUUGACCCGCGUCGUUUUUCGGUUUCGUCUUCCCAGUCAGGACAUCUUUUUAUAUUGGAGUCUUGAGUUUGGUGUGUUGUGUGUGAGAGGUUUAUGUCUUUCUGGGUUGAGAGGGGAGUGGGGUGGGCCUCUCUGCUCCACAUGGGUAACUUUCUCUUGCAAUGUUUGCACUUGAAGGGCAUGCUUCUUGGAACUCCGAUGAUUUGAGACCUGAGAAAUCUUUGACCAAUUACAAGAAGAAGGUUAAUUUCCAGUCGUCUUGGUUCAUCAUAUGGGCGAUCCUUGUGUUCUUUCUGUCUCUGUACCCUCUGUUAUAAAUCCUUGAGCAAGCUUCAUAGUGUGAAAAUCGGGCGGCCUUAUGUUUAAAAUUUCGCAGAAAGCUCAGAGCUUUUCGAGUUAAUCUCGGUUAGCUAAUGUCCAAAGGAAAGGGCUUGGAUGGUGAAGAAGAAAGAGCCAACAUGGAGGAUUCAGAUGGGGAGGCUAAAAGGAAAUUGGAGAAAAAAUCAUCUCCUAGUUCCAGUGGGAUUGGUUGUUCCUCAGUUGUGGAACCUCAGGAUGCAGAUUACAACACUCCAUCGCUCAGCGACGAGUUAGAGGUCUUGAUACUGGCUAGGGUGCCUCGAUCUUUAUACGGGAAAUUUUCCACCGUCAACAAACGGUUCUUAUCUUUAAUUAAGAGCGGAGAGAUCUUCAAAAUCAGGGGGGAGAUUGGAUUGAAAGAGCCGUCUGUGUUUAUGUUGGCGAGCGGGGAAACUAGUUGGUGGGCAUUCGAUCCGCAGUCCGAAUCUUGUCGGAAUCUUCCUAUUUUGCCCUCCGACACUUGCUUUGCCGCCGGAGACAAGGAAACAUUUUGUGCAGGUACUCACCUCAUGGUCUCGGGCAAAGAGAUCGAUGGCCUUGUGAUUUGGAGGUAUGAAUUGGCUAAAAAUGAGUGGUUCAAGGGCGACUCCAUGAAGAACCCGAGGUGCUUGUUCGCUUCUGCCACUUGUGGUAACUAUGCUUUUGUAGCCGGUGGGAUCGAUACGGGCAGCAAUAAGGUUCUUAAUUCUGCUGAGAAGUAUGAUCCCGAGACUAAGUCGUGGGAUUGGCUUCCCAUGAUGCAUCAAAAGAGGAAGAUGUGCUCCGGUUGUUACAUGGACAAGAAAUUCUACGUGAUCGGAGGCAAGAAUGAGGAGGAAGAGAGCCUCACGUGCGCAGAAGCUUUCGACGAGAGCCAAAACAAGUGGGAAAUCAUCCCCGACAUGUUGUCAGACAUGCCCAUCUCGACCUUCCAAUCUCCACCCCUCCUUGCCGUUGUGAACGACGAGCUUUACACUCUCGAGACUUCGUCGAACGAGCUGAAGGUGUAUAUCAAGAGCAGCAACUCUUGGAAGAGGCUGGGGCCGGUUCCUAUAAGGGCUGAUUUCAACAAAGGAUGGGGCGUCGCGUUCAAAUCUCUGGGCAGCAAGUUGCUGGUGAUAGGCGCAUCCUCGGCUUCGAACACCGGCCAUGGCAUGACCAUCCUCACUUGCUACCCCGAUCCAGACACUGAGGAACUGCAGUGGACGCCUCUUGAUUGUGGCAAGAACAGUUCCAGUCACUUUAUCUGGAAUUGUUGUGUAAUGAUGGCUUGAACUUGGACCGGCGACUUGCGAUGUGAGCAAUUGAAUAAAGCGCUACAUUAGCAGUCCAUGAAGCUGGUCUAGCUAAACCAUACACACAUAGCUUGUGUUAAGAAGAUGGCUGUUAUAUUCAACUUGCAUUAUGACAGUUGGGUUAAUUUCAUGGCUCAGCUGUAAUCUUUCUUGGGUCAUUCUAUCUCCUAACUUUAUGAUUGUUUUGAGUGCCUGUGUCUUUCUAAAUUAAGGGCAAGUGUUUCUAUCA